GAUUCAGUCCACAAAAUACUGUGUAAAAUAUAAUUUUAUAAUUCUAAGCUGAUAGUCAAAAUGGCUUGGGUUCCCAAAUCGCGAUUCGAACACGACCUAGUGAAUAUGGAGCCGGGUUUUAAUCUGAUCCACGGUCAAUUGGCCUACGAGGAGACGAAGAAACGGGAGUACAGGACACCCGAGGAAUCGACGGGCGGAAGGGGUCGGGAAAUCCGUGAGAGUCUGCAAAUGAUGGAGAAGAUCGAGAAAAUAGCGGAAACCAAACCGCUAGGCGAGCACGCCACCAUGGAGGACUGGGAGGACACUUCAACUGCGCAUCAGGAGGCGGUGGCCAUGAUGCGGCACUUCGGAAUGGUGUCCCUGGAUCAGGAGAUCAGUUUUCCACAGAUCCCCAAAGAUGGAAGCGAACGAUUUCCCCUUAUAACAGAUCCCGCAUUCUUCACAUUCCGUAGAACGCGUAGACCGGAGAAUCCCUUGAGAGCGGACUGCACUCCUGAAGAUUCAGCGGAUGAUUCCUAUCACACAGCCGAAAGUUCGAGCAGUUGCAUUUGGCUCUACGGAUCGGGAAUGUUCCAAAUGGGCAGUGGCAUGGAAACGGAGAACAAGGACAGAAAGCGGGAAAAGAGACAGAACUUUGUCCUGGAGCCCAAGAUUAUCCCAGGUAACAUGGAAAAGUCCAAGGGAAAAAGGAGGAACCAAAGGCCCAGCCAAAAGGAAAGACGUCGCCAGCAAUAUGAAGCCCACCUUUAAAACGUAAUUGUGUCCUCACUACAUUGAUUGAAGUACAGUAGAGAUUAAGUAAGAAGAACACUUGUUUAAAAGCUAAUUCAAUAAAUGUGUAAUAAGAAA